AUGCCUUCCCCCCUCACAAUCAUCACAACCCUCCUCAUAGUCUACCUCACCUCCUACAUCUACCGCCUCAUCCGCAACUACCUCCUCGCGCGUAAAUCGGGAUUUCCCUACUUCAUCGUUCCCUGGGAACAAGACCACAUCAUCUGGAUGAUCAUCAGCGUGCCACUCCGACCCUGGCUCAAGAAAAACCUCCCAACAUUCAUCUACAACCGCCUCGUGCUCACAAUCUACGGAUUCGAAUUCACAGAAAAGUUACGCAUGUUCCAGGAGUAUGGCGGCCAGGACGUUCAGAGCUACGUGAUGGUCACGGUAGGCAAGUACGAGUUCUCCACACGGGAUCCAGAACUCGCGACGGAGAUUCUGCGACGGACGAGGGAUUUCCAGCAGCAGGAUGCUAUCGGCGUGGUUCUGGAUCGGUUUGGGAAGAAUCUGUUGUCUAGUGAUGGGGAAGACUGGGUGAGGCAGAGGAGGGUGGUGGCGAGUACGUUGAACGAGAGGAUUUCGAAGACAAUUUUUGAGGAGAGCGUUAAGCAGACGGAGGGGUUGUUGGGGGAUGUCGGUGGAGGGGAAGUGACGGGGAAGUUGUUUGAUGGGAUGAAGAAGAUUACGAUUAAUGUUUUGACGGGGGCGGGCAUGGGGGAGAGUGUUGCUUGGAGGGAGGAUGAGGAUGAGGGAGUCAAGGGGAAGGGUGGUUAUCGCAUGAGUUAUAUUGAGUGUGUCAAGGUGGUGAUUGAGUGUGUUGCUGGGCCGAUUGUCUUGCCCAAGUGGUUUCUGGAGUGGUAUCCGAGUUUCGCGCCUGGCUCAGACUUGUUGAGGAGGCUGAACGUUGCAGUCGAGGAAUUCCCCCGGCAUACGUGGGAACUGCUCGACAAAGAAAAGCAGCGCAUGCAGCACGGAUCAGGCGAGUCUCGAAGCAACAUCAUCAGCCAACUCCUCAAAGCCUCCGAGGACUUCGAAGGCGAGAAGAAAGGCGGCAAAGCCUUAUCAGACGACGAAAUGCUCGGCAACCUCUUUAUCUUUAUGGGAGCAGGCUUCGACACAACAGCCAAUACCCUCUCCUUCGCUCUCGUCCUCCUCGCCCGUCAUCCCGAAUGGCAAGACUGGCUCUUCACAGAAAUCGACGAUAUCCUCCCUCCACCAGGCUCUGAACUAUCCUACACCGCCCUCUUGCCAAAAGUAACCCGCAUCCUCGCCCUCAUGUUCGAAACCCUCCGCCUCUACACACCCCUCAUCCAUCUCGCAAAACAGACCCGCGCCGAACAAACCAUCACCACUUCCAGCGGGAAAACGUUCUGGUUCCCGAAGAACGCCACGGUUUACGUCAACACCGUAGCGAUCCACAUGGACGAAAAAGUCUACCGAAACAUCAAUCUCAAACCUGGCGAGGAGUCCAAGGACAACGACGAGCUCCUCUUCCGCCCCACGCGCUGGCUCAACGCUGAUAACACCACGCUCUGGACCGCGCCGAAGGGGAGUUUCAUUCCCUGGAGCGCUGGGCCCAGAGUCUGUCCAGGGCAGAAGAUGGCGCAGGUGGAGUUUGUGUCGAUUUUCUUGCGGUUGUUUGGGGAGUUUCGCUUGGAAGCCGUGCCCUUGAAGGGGGAGACGAGGAGGGAGGUCGAGGAGAGGCUGGACGCGCGGAUGCAGGAGAGUUUUUCCAUCUUGACAUUGCAAAUGAAGGAUCUGUACAAUGUGGACGAGGAGGAGAAGGGGGUGAGGGUGAGGUUGGUGAGGAGGAAGUAG